AUGAACCCGUCAGCUCCAGCAACUAACAGCGACCUAAGUGUCGGCUACUACCACGACCUAGUCGAAUUGGACGCCGACUUCCACGCAUCCCUUCUUCAAGAAGAACGUCGGUGCCGAUACCCGAGCAAGCGCUGUGAGAUGCCGCGAGCGAUCAAGCACAACGGCGAGAUGCACCGCUUCUGCGACGUCCACCGCGACCGAGCGAACCUGAACCAGCGCCGACUCGAAGCGAGACGGAAGCGCGAGAUGCUGGAGCUGGAGCACGCGAACGCGUCUCGGAAGCGAAGUUGCUCGUCGCCAGAGCGAGAAAGCACAACGGAAGUGGAGAAUCAGACAGAGAAGCAGCGGUGGUCCGAGCCCUGCGAGUCUUCGUCGCCUCUUCACUCCGUCUUGGCACAAGACGAGCUCAACUUUCUGAGCCAACUGCUCACGCAGAACAGCUUGGAGGAUUUACCCAUAGAUAACAUGGCCGGACAAGCCAACAACGCGUCGGACAGCGGGUUCGCGUGCUGA